AUGGAGGAGCUUCCAUUACAACCGUCGCAUUUCUCACCGGAGCUCGACCUCGACACCCUCAAGGCCAUCCGAGUCCUCGGCAAAGGAGCCAUGGGGACCGUCUUCUUAGUCCACGACCCGAAAUCCGACCCGAAUGCUAUCUGCCCUUUCGCUCUCAAAGUCGUCGACAAGUCUUUGCUCCACACCAAGCUCGACGCCGAGCGCCGCGCCCGGUGGGAGGUCCAGGUCCUGACCCAGCUCUCCGACCCGAACCCGCACCCGUUUCUCCCUUCUCUUCUCGGCUCAUUCGACUGCGACGAGUAUUUGGGCUGGGCCGUUCCUUACUGCCCCGGCGGCGACCUCAACGUCCUCCGCCACCGUCAAAACGACGGCGUUUUCUCCCCGACGGUGCUCCGGUUUUAUCUGGCGGAGAUCGUCUGCGCGUUGGAGCACCUCCAUAGCAUGGGGAUCGCUUACCGCGAUUUGAAGCCGGAAAACGUGCUCAUCCAACAGUCUGGUCACGUGACCCUCACGGACUUCGACCUUUCCAGAAGGCUGAAACACCAGGCCGUUAAAACAGUAGUGAUCGAUGCACCAGAGGUUAAGCGCAAACGGAACCUGACGCGCUGGAUUACCAUCAUCAACGAGAACAAAACGAAAGCCGGGCAGCUGAAGAAGGCUAAGUCGGCUAGGGUCAGCCCGGUCAGCCGCCGCAAGCCGAGCUUCUCUGACAACGGCGAGCGGGCCAACUCGUUCGUCGGGACCGAGGAGUACGUCGCCCCGGAGGUCGUCCGCGGCGAGGGUCACGAGUUCGCCGUGGACUGGUGGGCCCUCGGGAUUUUAACCUACGAGUGCAUGUACGGGACGACGCCGUUUAAGGGGAGGUGCCGGAAGGAGACGUUCCGGAACGUGCUGACGAAAGCGCCGGAGUUCGUGGGGAGACGGACGGCGCUGAUGGACCUGAUCGAACGGCUGCUGCACAAGGACCCCAGCAGGCGGUUGGGGUACGUGAGGGGCGCGUGCGAGAUAAAAGAGCAUGAGUUUUUUCGCGGGGUGAGCUGGGACCUACUGACGGAGGUUUCACGGGCUCCGUUUAUUCCGCCGCGGGAGGAGGACGGAGACGUGACGGAGAGGAGGAGGGCCUCCGAGAGAUGUGGAGCGAGCGUUAGAGACUAUUUUCAAAAGUUAAGGGCUCCUCCGCCGUCAACGCCGCCGUCGCCGGAUUGUCAAUUUGCCGAGUUUUGACACACUUGUGGGAGGUUUCGCACGUGUAAGACCCUUGUUGUAUAAUAGAAUAACCUUAGGAUGUGGUAGUAUAGACUGUAGGUAGUUGUAGACCCUUGUGUUGUAUAGCAAUUUAUACGGUGUAUAAAAUUCCCC